AUGUCGAAUGAUGUCCAUGAUGUCAGAGUUGCGCUUCAGACUAUUACUCAGGCGCCCAUUGCAUCGCUCCUUAUAAAUACUCGCGAGCUUUGCGAAGCGAAUUUUGUUAUUGCAAAGGCCAUUCACUCUCUCCAUUCGAGUUUUUGCGAGGAUGUUGGAAAAUUCGAAACUCAAUUGGAUGAUGCAGCCGACCGUGCUAUUGCUCAGGCUCAGGUUGAUCCCAUCUUGGAAGUCAGCACCAGGCAAGGCGGUGACCAGGAAACGAUGCGCCAGUAUGAGGCCCGACGUGGCCGGCCAGAGCAUGCAGUUAUGAGGCUUGUACAGUAUUGGAUUCAGAAGAAAAUGGCGGGACCCAGUGUACUCAGUGCUGCAGAUGAACAUAUAAUAUUAGAUGAUUUACGCAAGUCUGUAGUUUCAAGUACUCGUGUCUUUUUGGCACUAGUAAGAAGUACAAAAAAAAGACGGUCCGCUACCACUUCGCGACGCUGA